CCUCAGCUUGUUAAUAUAUUCACAGCUGAAGAAAAACGAAACUGAUCACGUUACUCAACUCGCAUACUCUCAACAAUGUUUUGACGUGUUUUUUUAUACUUCUAAUCUGUUCUAUCUGUUUGUGUAAUGCAGUCUAAGUGACAUUUAAGAAAAAUCGCAAUUUAUUACGGACGGAUGGGAUGAAGGUAGGAAUUUUACUUUAUUUUUUACAUUCGUAUCUAUGAGCACAUUAACUCGCGCUAACGUUACCUGAAAUUCAACCUGGAAAUAAAGCACUAUUACAAUGCCCAUUGUGUCGUGUUACCUCUGGUAGGAUGAUCAGAAGUCAAGAGCAAGAUGAGUUCAUUGCUGUGAGAGUUCAGGAUCCUCGCGUGCAAAACGAAGGGUCGUGGAACUCAUAUGUGGACUUCAAAAUUUUCCUUCAUACAAACAGCAAAGCAUUCACUGCCAAAACAUCCUGUGUGAGGCGGCGAUUCAGCGAGUUUGUGUGGUUGAAGAAAAAACUGCAAAAGUAUGCUGGUCUAGUACCUGUUCCUGAUCUGCCGAAAAAGACUUUCUUCUCGUUUAUUAAUGAUGAAUUAAUUGAAAGGAGGAGAAAAGGUCUGCAGAGCUUCUUGGAUCAAGUGCUCCACAUGACGGUAUGCCUGUCAGAUAGCCAGCUCCAUCUUUUCCUGCAGACUCAGCUUCCUGUCAAGCACAUUGAGGAUUGUGUGCAGGGUCACACCCCUUACACUGUUACUGAAGCCAUUCUGACUUAUGCUUCCUCUAACCGUGGCUGGGUGCAGGAGGAAGGGGAUGUGGACGAGACCCAAAAAUUAUGGCCCACCACUCUUCCAUAUGAAUCUGUAGAGAGCCCUGCUCCUCAUCUUCCUUCAUUACAAAGUCCAGGAGCCACUUCCAGUGGGCCUCUAAAUGAACUUACAGAUGUUUCAGACUCUGAGUCGAGACUGAGUGAUGCAGAACAGUCUGCACUUGACCUGAAGCACGGAAUCGGCCAUGAGCAGCUGCCUCAAGAGGGAGAGAGUUACAUUAAACUAGUAGUUGAAGUCCACCCAAACCUUGUUGUUUCUGUAGAAACUGAGGAAGAGGACGGAAACAUCAGCUCAAAAGAAAAGCAAAGGCUUGAUGAAGAUGCCAAGGAUCUACAAAGUUAUGAUUGUAAAUAUCUAGCUCCACAGAUAGCCAGACUCAUUGAAGAUGAGCUUCAGCAAGGAGAUGCCCACAAUGAAGAAGAUCUUGAUCAAGAAAAGUCUGUUGCCGAAGACUCAUUUGAAGUUACCUCAGUAGACGAAGUCAUCGAGAAAAAGAUUGAUGAUAUCAAUGAAGCGAAGAAGGGAAGUCAAGAUGUUGGACUUGAACUGGAUAGCACUGUGAGACAAACCCCUGACAAGGUCCUUCAUGAAGAAGAUCCCGGAGAAAGGAUCCAUAAAAAUGAAGUUACUAUUAAUCUCAGUGCUGAUGCUGAGAAGGUACUUGAAACCGCAGAAGAUGUUGCGCUCAAUGAUGCUUGUGAGGAGAACACACCAGAUACUGAAGAUCAAGAUAAAGCUGAGAUAACAGAGGAGCAUGUGGUCCAAGAGAAUGGAGUCAGUGAUGACAAUGCUGUUGCUCGGGAAGAGGCCAUAAAUGAAAAUGAGGUGCAUGUUGGCGAAGUGAACAAGCUCAAUGCAAAAUGUCUUCAACCUUGCAGUGCCCUUUUGAUACUUGAGGGCACUAAGGAAGCGGUGAGCAUGCAAACGGCCCCCGAGACUGUCAGUAACCUCAAUGCCAAUACUGCUGAUGUCAACACACUUGUUUUACAAGCCAUAGAGAUGGACUCAAAGCAAUGUCACGAGAUGGACAGUCCUCCUAUCAUCACUACACACCAAACAGAUACUAAUUCCCAUGGGAAUUAGUACAGUCAUAGAUUAGACAGAGUUACAUAGAUGGACUCCCUUCAGCUCAUUCCCAGUCAACAUCCAAGACGUCUUUCUACUGUGUGAAUGAGUGCAUGUAACUGUUCUCAGCAUUGAUCCACUGUUAACGUGUUCAGUUACAGACUAGAUACACUGAAUGAUUAGACCGAGCUGUAGUUUUUCCCCUACAAACAAUGUGAACAAACACAGAUAAUGCACUGACUAAUGUGCCAUUCAGGAUUGUGAGCAAAUUGCACAUGCAGCGAAUAGUUAUAAAUCCAUGGUAGCAGGCGAGAAAAAGCAGUGUACAUCACUGUGGCACCUUGAUUCUAAUAUUCACCAUCCUUAAUCAAAAUAUUUCUGUAUUUGUAUGAUUUUAGCAAAAGGAAAUACCCCAUAUGACAUGUUGUUGAUCUAUUUUAGCAAAACCAGAUUUUAACGGGCACUUCCUUUUUCUCCCAACUGUAAAACCAUGUUGCUCUCACAUGUUUGCUCUACUGGAACUUUGGGUAAUUUAAAGGGUUAGUUCACCCAGAGACGAAAAUUAGGCUACAUUUUACUCACCCCUGAUGCAUCCUAGCUGUAUAUGGCUUUUUUUUUUCUGUCGAAUCCAGUUGGAGUUAUAUAAAAAAUUGUCUUUGA